AUGCAAAGCUCUAAACCAUUCAAAGUAUCACCGUCACCACUACUACCACCACUACUACUGCUGAUGCCACCAAAGGCAGCGCCGAAGGCUGCUGACAAGGCGAAAGCACCGGCGAAGGCAGCUCCAGCAAAGGCGGCCCCAGCGGCUAAGGCGGCUCCAGCGAAAGAUGCAAAAGCAAAAGCGGAUCCCAAGGCGGCCGCCAAGGACCUCAAGGCAAAGGACGCAAAGGGAGGCGCAAAAGCGGCGGCAGCACCUGCUGCCGGCAAGGCCGACCCUGGGAAGGCCUUUCCGCUGGAGAAGGGCCCCACGCCCAGCAAGAUGGAACCGACGGACAUUACUCGGCUGUACAAGCUGCCUGACGGCGACAUGAAAACGGAGGAAGACGUCAUCACCAAGCAAGGCUACGCCAUCGAGCAGAAGCUCGGCCAAGGCGGCUUUGGCACCGUCUUUAUGGCGCGAGACAAGAAGAAGAACAUGAAGGUCGCCUGUAAGCUCUGCGAGCUGGGCAAGGAGUGGAGCGACGCUCGGGUGAAGGACAUGAAAAAUGAGCUGUUCAUCCACGAGAAGAUCAAGCACCUGUACGUGGUGAAGCUGUACCUGCACUUCCUGACGCAGUCAAGCAACGGCAACCGCCUCUACCUCUUCAUGGAGCUGGCCGACGGCGGCGACUUCAGCAAGUUCUGCGCCAAGAAGGGCAUGAUUCCGGAGAAGGAGGCGAAGCUCUACUACGCACAGAUUGCCUGCGGCGUCAAUCACAUGCACUCGCUGGGCAUCGCCCACCGGGACAUCAAACUCCAAAACGUCCUGCUGGCGAAGUGCACCACCUCAAUCAGCGGCGACUUCACCUGUCUCCUCGCCGACUUUGGCCUCAGCCGACUGCUGCAUCACGAAGGGGCGGCGGUAGCGCUGCAGAAGACAGUCUGCGGAACGCCCCUCUUUAUGAGUCCCGAGCUUCAACAAAAGAAGCCCUACAACGGCUUUGAGGCAGACGUCUGGGCGCUGGGCAUCACCAUCUACAUCAUGAUGACGACUGAGGUGCCCUUCGACUUCAAGAACAUGGCCGCCGCGAAGCAGGCAAUGCUCGACCAGAAGUGGUCCUGGCCUGAGGACAAAAUGAAGGAGAAACCGAGCGCCGACUUGAAGGAGCUGUUGACGCUGAUGCUGCAGCCGGUGCCGGAGAAGCGCAUCAAGAUGCCGGAGAUGCUGGCGCACAAGUGGGUCGACGAGGCCUUUAAGAAAGCUCAAGACGCUGCGAACAAGGCCAAAUAG